GCAGCACUGGUCGGUUCAUCAACCGUACCUACCUUAUACAUCAUCAACAUGGCGGCAAGCUAUGAUGUGCUCAAAACGCGGACCCGGAGUGACUACCCAUUUACUUUAGAGUACCGUACGCGAUGGGCCGACAAUGACAUGUACCAACACAUGAAUAACUCCAUCUACAACUUUCUCUACGACUCAGUAAUCAACUCAUACCUCAUCGAGUUCUGCGACCUGAAGCCUGCCUUGUCGCCCCAGCAUGGAAUGGUCGUUCACUCUCACAACGACUAUUUUGGCUCCAUCAGCUUCCCCUCCGUGGCUGAGUUGUGCCUGCGCGUCAACAAGCUGGGCCGUACGAGCGUGACUUACGAGAUCGCCCUCUUUGAAAAGGGAGUUGACCGCGUCAGGUCCGUAGGCGAGUUUGUUCAGGUCUUUGUGGACAGGGCCACGGGAAGGCCUGCCGCCGCCGGUAUGAAUGGUAUUAUGCGAAGGGGUCUUGAGAGGAUCAUGGUCCAGGAGGGAAAGCAGGUUUUGCCUGUCAAGAGUAAAUUAUAGGCUUCAGCUUACAUCUACUAUUAAAAGCUUGAUUGUAUCCUCUUGCUCAUGAACCACCCCUUCGUAACGGACAGACCGUGA